UUUGGAAGCCUAUGAUGCAGAAGGAGCAUGGCCCAUUUUAAUAGACGAAGUACGAUAAUAUUUCUUUUCUUUCAGCUGAACUACGAUGGAUACUGAUUUUUCAUAAAUACUACGCUUAUUUUUGUAGUUUGUAGAAUACAUGCAGGAAAGACUGUAGAUGUGGACUGUACCUGUGUCCUUUAACUGGGUCGGAUUAAAUGUCCGAAUGCACGAGCAUGACGUGUGCCGCUUCACCUUUCAUGCGCGCGUGCAUGUUUAUUUUCUCCUUGCUUCAGCUUGCUUUCUUUCACCUUCUUCUUUUUAUGAUCGCGCAAUCUUACCUUCUCGAAAAUAAAAAAUUAAAUUAAAUGAAUAAUAGUGAACAAAACUUAACUGACGCUGAUAAAAUCCGGCUUAAGCGGUUAGCAAAGCUCCAACAAAAAGAGCAGGAACAGCAACAACAGCAACAAUAUGAACAGGAACAAGCCUCCAAUGGACGAAAAUCAGCUAUUGCAAAUAAGCCUGUGCUGCAAACAUUGGAUGAAUUUGUGCCUGCUAAAAGAACUGUCGUUAAAAAGGCACCUGCAACCAGAUCGCCGACGCCUGGCUCACCUUCACAGGCUUCACAACAACAUAUCACAAAGUCCAACAACAUAAAAGCCCCUUCGACUUCUGUUGUAAAACCUGCAAAAUCGUUUGAGGACUGGCAGGACGAUGUUCUUUCUCGUAUAUUGCAAGUGACGCUUAAUCCGGAAAAUAUGUAUAAGCAAGGCAAAUGUGUGUACUUAUCCAGUUUAGCUAACGAACUCAUCGAAGAAGAAGAUGAUCAUCCGAACAAACUUCAAGAACAACACUUGGAUCGUAUUAUUGUUGCAAGACUUUCCUUAGAUCCUAAAGAACCACAUGAGGACUUACCUCAAGAUAUAAGAAAUACACUCAAUAUUUUGCAUUUCGAUUAUCUGUUGAAUUGCUGGAAAACAGUUUUCGACAUACGUAGAAACACUCUGCAGAGGAGUAAAAACUUAGAGAAAUCAGUUCUUGACCAAAGACUACAUUUAUUGGAUAACGUUAAGAAUUUGAUUGUAUCGUACUCCGGGCUUGUGCUUCAAAUGCCCGAUAUGUUCCCACAGAUGAACAGGUAUUAAACACGCUUGCUCAUAUUCGAAUGAAGGAGACAGUUCAGAAAGUUAGAAUCCUUACUUAUAUGAGCCUG